AUGAACAAUUCUGGAAGAGGACCCAGAUUUGACUUCGGAGCAGGUAUUCAGAGUGGCAGCAUGUGGACCUCACACAAAGAAAAAAAGUCAUCACACCCAGAGAAGAAGCAUUCAAAUCCCAGGAAUGACUCCUCUGCCUCCUUAUCGCAACAACCAACUACCACCGAGUUCAAACAUGGCUCGGGUACUACUGUAUCAACCCAGCACACCCAACCUUCUUCCAUGUACAGUGCGGCACCAACAAACUACAGCGGUCCGUAUACCAUACCUCAUCCUUGUCCUACUCCAGGCCCUAUUUCAGAGGUUGAUCAGCGCCGUCGAUGGACAGUCCAAAGAUGGCAACCUGAACAUUGGCCACGAAGGGACCCAUGGGAAGCCUGGACCGAUUCUGGAAAUCUGUACUCCCCUGGCCACAUGUUCAAUAUGCAACAUACAAUCUCCAUGGAAGAUGAGAUUGAAAAAUAUGCUCACCACAAACCUUCAAGAAUGGAGGUUUCAGAAAUGAACAUGCCGUUCUAUAUCGACAGGACAGAUCACUGGGAUGAAGAAGAAGCCGAGAAGCUUUUCAAGCAACUCUUGAGAACCAAAUAUUGGAAGGUUACAAGUGGCAACGCAAAGUCCUACCGGCUGACCGAGAAUUUGAACGAUGCUGCCAUUAAACAAAUCAGGGAGCUCGAGGUCAAUUUGACGUAAGUCCCAUAUUCAGAAAGCUUGAGUGAACGUCUAGACUAACACCCAAUAGCCAUCGAGAUGAGGACCCUAUGACACAUGAUCUAGAGCGGCUUCUCGUCAAUCCUCGUACUCGCCUGACCAACGCGCCUCUUGAGCGCCUGUGGAUUCAUGGCCGGUUGGGGGACCCCAUUAUCUACUCUGUUGCACAGAGAUUCAUCCAAUGUGGUUGCCCGAUAACGGACCUUCGAGUCCGAGUUUAUGCUCCCCCUACAGAGGGUAAGGUGAAGAUUUAUGACCCCCGAACGAGGAUUUUGCACGGGCUUGCGGAUUCUAUAGGGGAGCUUUUUGCACAGCGUUUUGCCUGGGGAGCAGGACCGGAAAUGUGGAGAAGUAAACUGGAUAAUGAGAGGUUGCAAUGGACGAUAAGAAAACACCCAAAGCCUAUUGAGCCUGUCACUGCUGUCUGA